AUGGCAUUCAAGUUGGCGGUUUUUUCUUACCUCCUGGCUUUUGUUCACGGCAGCAUAGUACCAAGACUCAUCAACUCAGUGAACGCGGGUACAUAUGCUGCAGCUUACAAAGUUCCUGUAGCGGUUGGAACAGAAGACUGCGACCCAUUACCGCAGUACAAAUUCGGCUACGAUGUGGCAGAUACUCUCACAGGGGACUACAAAAGUCAAGUUGAGCAACGGGACGGCGACCUGGUCCGGGGGCAAUAUUCUCUUGUGGAAUCUGAUGGCACUCGCCGCGUAGUUGAGUAUACUGCUGACUCUAUUAACGGUUUUAACGCUGUUGUUCGCAAUGAGCCUUUAGCUUCAUCUUCCAUUACAACUGAGCCUGCCGUGAUACCUGCAAGAGUAGCUGUAGCACCUAUUACCACUCAACCCACAUUUAAUUCCGCUACAGUAUUUGCCCGAUACGCUACUGCUUCUAAAGUUGUGGCUCCGCGAGUAAUCGUGUCUUCAGACUCCGCACCAGUAUUUUCUCGCUAUAACACUCCAGUAAAAACCACUUACAAAGCUGCAUAUACUGCUCCUGUAUCUGACACAUAUUCUGUAUCCGUGCCCGUUUCAUACCUAGCGCCUGCAGCCGCCCAAUACACUGCUCCGAAUACUGCCCCAUACUUGGCAUACGCCGCCACCUACUCUGCACCGUAUACGGGGUCGUACAAAGCUCCUGUGGCACCUGUCUAUUCAAAUGUUGUUGCGAACUCCUUCUCCCCAGUAGUACGUUUCUACCCCGAGACAUCAGCUCCUGCUGCUAUUACAGCUGUUCGGGCUGCUCCCGUAGUUACCGAUGGUUGCUCUUAA